GUAAAUAUCGGCUGGCUCAGUCUGACAGAAAAGUUUCCGGUUUGCGCUCCAGAGGCAAAGUAAGAACAGCUGGAGCUCCGGCGACGGACUUGGUAUUCAAACGUUGCCCGGCUUCCACACGCAGCUCCACGAGCUACUGCACACCGGACUAAACACUUCCACGGCCACAGCAUGCCGGGGCUGCUGCUCGGAGACGUGUUUCCUGAUUUCGAGGCAGAGACCACCACUGGCACAAUUAAACUCCACGAAUUUCUUGGUGAUUCAUGGGGAAUCCUGUUCUCCCACCCCAGAGACUACACUCCUGUGUGCACCACAGAGCUGGGCCGAGCUGCCAGACUCAGCAGUGAGUUCAGUAAACGCAACGUUAAAUUGAUCGCCCUAUCAGUGGACUUCCUGGAGGAUCACCACGGCUGGGCCAAGGACAUCGUGGCCUACAACUGUGAGGAGUCUGCCUGCUGCUCGCUGCCCUUUCCCAUCAUAGCGGACAGCAAUCGGGAGCUGGCAGUCGCCCUGGGCAUGCUGGACCCAGAUGAGAAGGACAAAGAUGGCAUGCCCCUUACUGCCCGCUGUGUGUUUAUUAUUGGUCCUGACAAGAAGUUAAAGCUGUCCCUGCUUUACCCAGCCACCACAGGACGCAAUUUUGAUGAGAUCUUGAGAGUGGUGGACUCGCUCCAGCUCACAGCAGGGAAGCGAGUAGCCACACCUGCCGACUGGAAGCCUGGAAACUGCGUGAUGGUUCCCCCGAGUAUGUCUGAAGAAGAGGCCGCCUCUUUGUUCCCAGCUGGCGUCUACACCAAAGACCUCCCCUCUGGCAAGAAGUACCUGCGCUACACACCCCAGCCAUAAGCACAGGCAGAAAGGAUGCUGAUAUUCAACGCUUGCAUCUGUUACGUGGACUGCAUUGUCCAUUGCAUGGACAGCUACUCUCACCUGGUUGAUAGACAUCCCAGCUGUGAAUCAGUCCCAGUCAACGUGGAUGGAAUGAAUACCAGUGCCUUAUGAUAUAGGAUUGUUCUAACUGAGACAAGCUACCUACUUUUCUAAGAAGACAGAUGGAAAGGAGCUGUCAUGGGGAAAUAGAUUACUAUUUGAAUAAAAGUUUUUUGUUUUUUUUAAAUCUACCGUGUGGCAGAAUAAGUCUCUUUUUUUUUUUUUUUAGCAGAAAUACUGUUGGCAUGACAUUUUCAUUUACAGGAUCAAAAGUAAGAUGUUUAUGAUGCUAUUUAAGCCAUAAGCUGUAUAUAUAAGAAUAUGACCUCACAAAUAGGUUUAUUAAUAUCCAUACCCAUAAGCUACUCCCGUAUUGAUGCCUGGAUGUUGUCAUACCAUCUGAGGAGUUUUGCACUAAAUCAAGAGCUAGCUAGUUUGGUUAGCAAGGUUCAUCUAUAAUCAACUGUGAUAUUAAUAAGAGAAAAUGCACAGCUGACUCUUUAGAAGGUCUCCACAAACCUGUACAUAAAAGAUGGACGUAGCCAACAUGACACCACUGGUUUCUGUUGUCCUCAUUUUCCAGCUUGGUGUUAGUUUAGCAUUAGCAUUUAGCUUGGUUUGAAAGUUGCAUACAUAAACUUCAGGUGUGCAACAUACAAACAUUAAUAGCUCUGCUUAGUGUUAAGUAACUGUUACUGCUGUAACAAAUGACCGUUACAGACAUGAAAAAUGAUGAAAUAAAUGAAUACAAUAUCACAAAAAAUAGAAAGAUUUGAAAAAUGUUUCAAAGGGGAGUUCAAUUACAAGCUGAAGCAGAUGUUAGAGAAAGCAUUCAUCUGCAUGCCUAGUAAGGGUUGCAUGGGGUGGUCAGGAUCCAUUCAUCAUCCACUGUUAUCUUGGUGACCUCUUUCUCAGAUGAUGGAGGAAUCCAAACAGUGUGCUGAUUCAAACUAGACUCAAAAUAGCAACAGCAAUGACGAAUUCCCUUGGCCAGUAAAAUGGAUGCAUUCCAGCAGCUGGCAGUUUAAUAUUCAGGCUGCAGAAACAUUUCUUUGCAGUCUGGGAUUACACCACCACAAAUACAAAAAGAUUUCUCAUUACUGCUCAAAUUAACAUCCACGCCUGCUGAAUAGUUCUGAAGCCAGGUACAUUCUCUCUAUGGUCUGGAAAAUGUGAGUGUGGCGACAUCUCACUGCAACGCUCCAUGAAACACAUCAGUCAACACUCAUGUGUUCCCUCAGAGCCUUAAUCAGUUCACCAAGCUCACCCAUCCAUGUAAUCUAGGGUUGAGGGGAGGCUGAAAACAAAUUUCUUGGGUGGUCUGUACCACACAACGGGCCAUACAGUAAACAUCCCUUUUAAUGCUGUAAAAUGUGGCAUUUCAACAAGUGUCUAUGGGACUGAGCUGCUUGCGGCGCCAGACUCAACUGGCCAAUCCAGGACCUGCAGGUUUAAAUCUACUGUAUACAUUUGUGGACGUUUUAGGUUUUUGAAGCUGGAAGUGGAGAUACUUUGAGAAGAGGCGCAACUUGUAACAAAAUUUAAGUUAUAUAAUUCCCCACUCUUCUCUUUACAGCUGUCAAGUUGAGCAUGACAAGCUUAAAUCAGUAAACACGAUUAAAUUUGGCAAUAAUGUUUACAGUGUGUAAUACUGGUCUAAUAUUAAACUGCUGACAGUGAUGAUGCAAAACUUUUGCAAGGACAAAUUAACCGAUUUCACUGGAUUUGUUACCUUGACCAAGUUUUUUUGGUCAUACAACAUGUUUUUGGUAGCAAAAACAUGUUGUAUCAUGUUUUUGGUAGCAUUUCUGUGCAUGCGUGUCAUUCUGUGUGUAAACACGAUAGCUCGUAAAGUUUUUAAUGAAUUUGAAUGAAUGCAAACUUUGUAGUGGUGUAGAGUCGGGUAAUGUUAACAAUCUUAUAUCCACCAAGGUCUUUAAGGUCAAUUUAAUGAUUUAUUUGCCAAAAAUUGACAAAAAGCCUCAUAAGUUAGAAACUAUAAUUCUUACAAAUAUGGUGUGUAUUGUUAACAUAUAGAAAGUACCUUAUAUAAAGAUUUAAAAUAUCAUGUUACAUUUGACCUCUAACCUCCUUCAAGGUCAAUAGAUUCAUCUCAAGGUCACCGUGAUAAUAAAGCUUUUGAAAACAUUGUUUCUUACUGCCAUUGUUUGUAUUGACAACAUAAAAGAAUAUAGGGAAUGAUGUAUGUAUAUACAAAAUUGUAUGUAUAUGCUACUGCCUACAUCCAUACUGCCCAAAGAGUGAGCUGCCUUGGCUGAGGUUUGCUUCUUGUUGGAUCUGUAAUGACAUCACGGUGUGAGCGGUGGUAGGAUGGAGCUACUAGGCUGGCGUUCCAGCUCUAACGCCUUCACCCUAAGAUGCAUCGCUUCCACUUCCAGCUCCCAGCUCCCAGCUCCCAAUUUCUCAGCUCCACUUCCUUAAUGCGGAGCAUCUGCUGGAGUUCCUCAGCUGACAUCCCCCACCGCAGGACUGGGAGGAGCUAUAGAAGUGGUUAGAGAAGGACUAGUGGAAGAAGUCGGUACAGGACCUAGUGGCUCCACAUCAGCUAUGCCUGCCCCAUUCGCAACUGCCACAUCCGCCAGCAGUCCCCUCUCACCCAAUGCCUCAGCUACAAGCCGCCGCAGUUCUUCCUGCCUUACAACCAGUGGUGUUUGCACAUUAAAAAGGUUGGUAAUAAGCAUCAAAUCUAUCUUCUUGCACUUACAACUGCAAAAGCCUUGCCAUUUGCGUUUACAUAUAUAUAUAUAUAUCUAUCCAGGAUCUCCUCUGUGACUUUGUUAGCUUUGGCUAGCACUGUCCCUGGCCUCCUCUGUAUCCUAAGUUAGUUUUGUUUGAAGUGUUAACUCAGCUGUGUGGGAUUUGGCGUUCCCUCCUCACAGGGUUGACAGUAUCAGCUAAGAGCUUAUCAACUUUUAUCUGGGGGAACGAUGGCAACAGGCUUCCCCUCUGUGAGCAGCAGACAGGAGAAUUUAAGGACAAGAGAGGUGUUAAAAACAGGAAAUGGAGGGAUGAAGUCGAGUGAGGAGAGAACAAAGGACAAGCAGUUUAAAAAUGAAUGUCACUGAGCGCUGACUGGAAGGACAUUAGCUUGUUUAUCCAGACACAUUAGGCUGGAGUGACAGAGACAGGAGUGUUCAUUUGAAAUAUUUAUUAGGAAUGCAUUAGAAGAUAACACUCCAUGACUUUAACUGCCACUUGUCCCAUUCAGCCUCAAUUUGAAACACAUAGUUUUACACAGAGAUCUGAUGCCAAAUGUAAUCUGAUAAGUCCUGCAUAUAUGACAUAGUAUCACAUGAGAAUGUUAAACCCCCAUAAUAGAAUUAAAAAACAUUAUUUAUACUGAAAAAAGCA